CUUUCCCAGGCGGUAGCGGGGGCGGUGUCGCUGUUGCCCUUUUAAGCCGCGGGGCCGCGGUCUCCUGCCGGCGGAGUCAGUUACAAAGAGAGCAGCCGCCCGCCGAGGCCUCGGUGCCCCUAGCCAUUUUUCAGCCGCGAUCCGACGUGGGCCUCGGCGGCGGGGAGAGGCGGAGCCGCGAGAGUGCGGCCCCAGGCCGGCCCUGUGGGGCGGUAGCGGCCGUGACGGCGGCUCUGGGCCCGGCUCCCCUUUCGCACCCCUCCUGCCGGAGAUGAGGGGAAGAUGUCCGUGUCAGGGCUCAAGGCCGAGUUGAAGUUCCUGGCGUCCAUCUUCGACAAGAACCACGAGCGAUUCCGCAUCGUCAGCUGGAAGCUGGACGAGCUGCAUUGCCAGUUCCUUCUGCCGCCUCCGGCACCGCCGGGCAGCCCGCACUCGCCGCCGCCGCUCACACUCCACUGCAACAUCACGGAAUCUUACCCAUCUUCUUCACCAAUAUGGUUUGUGGACUCUGAUGACCCAAAUCUGACAUCAGUGCUGGAACGUCUAGAAGAUACUAAGAGCAACAAUUCGCUUCGUCAGCAGUUGAAGUGGUUGAUAUGUGAACUCUGCAGAUUAUAUAACCUUCCUAAGCACCUGGAUGUUGAGAUGCUAGAUCAACCAAUACCCACGGGUCAGAAUGGGACCACAGAAGAAGUGACUUCAGAAGAGGAGGAAGAGGAAGAGAUGGCUGAAGAUAUAGAAGACUUGGAUCACUAUGAGAUGAAGGAAGAAGAGCCUGUUAGUGGAAAAAAAUCAGAGGAUGAAGGAAUUGAAAAAGAAAACUUGGCAAUACUAGAGAAAAUUAGGAAGACUCAAAGGCAAGACCAUCUCAAUGGUGCAGUAUCUGGGUCUGUGCAAGCUUCAGAUAGACUUAUGAAAGAGCUCAGGGACAUAUACAGAUCACAGAGUUAUAAAGCAGGGAUUUAUUCAGUGGAACUGAUAAAUGACAGUUUAUAUGACUGGCAUGUUAAACUGCAGAAGGUUGAUCCUGAUAGUCCUUUGCACAGUGAUCUUCAGAUCUUAAAAGAAAAAGAAGGCAUAGAAUAUAUUUUGCUUAACUUCUCUUUUAAGGAUAACUUUCCAUUUGAUCCUCCGUUUGUUCGAGUGGUGUUACCUGUUCUCUCAGGAGGGUAUGUGUUGGGCGGUGGAGCACUAUGUAUGGAACUUCUCACAAAACAGGGCUGGAGCAGUGCCUACUCAAUAGAGUCAGUUAUCAUGCAAAUCAAUGCCACGUUAGUCAAAGGCAAAGCCAGAGUGCAGUUUGGAGCAAAUAAGAAUCAAUAUAAUCUAGCAAGAGCCCAACAAUCCUAUAAUUCCAUUGUACAGAUACAUGAGAAAAAUGGCUGGUACACCCCUCCAAAGGAAGAUGGCUAAAUAUGUUGACUGCCGUAUGUUUGGACCAAUGUUGCUUUAAAGAAAAUCUUUCCAAUAUGCAGACACAAGCUUUGAGUGCCCCUAUAACAGCAGUACCGAAGACGUUAGCUAAUAGAUAUUUUAGUGGAUAAUCUGUCAAUUGACAUCCAGUAUGAGUUACAGCCUUUUCAUUUUGCUCAUUUACAUAUCUUGGACUGAGCAGUGGGGCCUUUACUGUAUUUUUUGUGAUAAAUACACUUACUGGGCACUCAUGAUCUCUUUUUCUUGAAAAAUCUGUCAAGCAGACAAGUCAGCAUCAAGUUACAGAAGUUGCAACUCUGGUAACUUUCCCAUAUUGAGCUCAUGUGUUAUGAAGACUUGCAAUAUACUGUUCCAUUUAGAGCCAAUAAAAGUUUAAUUGAUGUUUAA